AAUGCCUUGUUGGAGGAUGGUCUUUGCGAGGGAGACUGCAGUGUGAAGCUUCUCCAGCGACUUAGAUGAAUGAAAGAUGAAUCAUAUCAAGACGAAUGAGAAGCAUUAGAAGCAUUGAGGCUUUUUGAGAGAGGGUAAAACUAUCAGGCUACAGAUUAAGAAUUCGAUCUUGUUCCAUUUUUUGUUGCAUCAGCCCAGCUGUGCAUAGGGCCAGAGGCCCUUUUCUUAGUCCUCUACGGCUGCACACCUGCAAAUCAUCGGAUUGUGUUGAGUUUGGCGACAACCUCACAAUCCCGUCAGAUCAAGCAAGUAUAUGACUCGGGUUUUGGUGCUCUACUGGCCCCGCGUAGAAGCACCAAGAAUACCAAGGAUCAAAGGUACAGUGGAGGAAGAAGAGGUUUGCCUUGAAUGGAAGCAGUGUCCGGACAACUCCGAGUACUACCUGGGUAAGAAGUGCAACGAUCAACAGCUUGUUUGCACUCGCUAUGGUAAGCCGCAAAAGCGCCAAUGCCUGAAAUGGGUGAACUGCAAAAACAGCUGCUACUGCGCCCAGUGGGCCAAGCUCUUGGAAGAAUCGGCCGAGACGGCAGAUGUCGAGCGGUUAGGAGUUGCCGUGCCAGAGGUGACAGCCGAUGAGAUUGUGGAAGUGGAAACGCAAACAGACAAAGCCGCCAGCGCCGUCGGCUGA